AUGUCUGUCGUUACAGUUGAACUGUUGAAAGAAAAGCUGAACAACGGGAUCCCUGAGGUAUACAAUGUCAUUGCCAUCGACACUUCGGCAGGUUGUGGCCAAUCUUUUGAAGUCGUGGUCAUUAGCAAUACAUUCCAAGGAAAGAACAAUCUGGCAAGAAGCCGUAUGGUGAACAAGAUUUUAUGCGAUGAGAUUGCUCAAAUUCAUGCAUUCGGUUGUAAAUGCUAUACAGAGGCUGAAUGGUCAAAAAUAGUUUUAUGA